CCCCGGAUGGAAAGUGUAAUGGCCGCCAAUAGUGACUCGUCGGAGUAUGGAGACGGGCGAGGAUGUGCUGUACAUUGAAAACCUCUUUUGAAUCUUGAUUUCCAAAUUCAUCUCUUGAGCAAGCUAUUGGAAAUGGCAUCGUAGUUUUUCUUAAAGAAUAUGCCAAGUUAAGAAAAUUGUGGAACUCUCGUAGUAAUUCAGCUCAGAGUCUUAAAAGACGAAGAUUGCAAUAAUAGUACAUUACAAAAAAUGCCAUCUGAGCAAGAACAUUUUUUUUGCAUUCAGAAGACCAACUUAUUACAAGAUGAUCAGUCAGAUAGACUGUGUGUUUCUACAUCUGAUAUUACUAUUGAAAAGUCUACAUUUGAACCUACAAUUUCAGAUAUUGUUGCCUAUGGUCUAAAAAAUGUGAAAAUAGAAUUGCCCAGGGUAAAUAUACCAAAUGAAAUAAUGUUUAAACAUGAAAUUGACAAAUAUAUGAAAUUAUUUCAGUGUAAAGAAAAACCUGUAGAAGCAUCUUUCGUUCAAAUGGAUAUGAAUGGGAACAGUGUAAAUUAUUCUGAGAUUUAUAGUCCACAUAACAAAUCAGGAUUACAUUAUGAGGAAGGCUUGAAAACAGCAAAAAUACUGAAUUUCAGUUGUACAAAAUGCCAAAACAACAUCAGAUAUAGCCCAAAUGAUCUACAGAAACAUUUUCAAUUGUUACAUCAGGGAGAAUUGCCAUCAUACCCCUGUGAAAUGUGUAAUUUUUCAGCUAAUGAUUUUCAGUCAUUCAACCAACAUCGCCGAACGCAUCGUAGCACCUUAGUAAAAUGUGAAAUCUGUAAUGAUGAUCACCGAUACACUCUAUUGGACUUAACAAAACAUUUCACAUCUCAACAUUGUGUAAAUGGUAAUUUUCAAUGUGAAAAAUGUAGAUUUUCAACCCAAGAUGUAGGCACCUUUGUUCAACAUAUACAUAGGCAUAAUGAAAUGCAGUAUAAUUGUGAGAAAUGCCAUCAUGUAAGUUUUUCAGAAGAAGAGUUUCAAAAGCAUGUUGUUUCACACACUGGCACAUUUCCUUUCAGUUGUCAGUAUUGUAACUAUAUGGCAUCACGGAAAAACUACCUUUUAAAACAUAUUAUUACCUUACACAAAGACCAUCUCUAUGCAAAAGAUAAAAUGAAUACAGAUGAUAAUGAAAAAAGGGUGAAGAAUUCAACGGGACUAAAACUUAUCUUGAAAAGGUACAAAACUGGUGCAUCAAGGAAAGCAUUGUGGAGACGUAAAAAAAUUGCCACUGAUGGCUGUAGAACUGAAGAAGAAGAUGUUUUCGAAGUCUUGAAAGACAGUCUGCCUAAAUCUGAAGAAAUAGGUCAAUCUGUAAAAGAACUACAUGACAUUCUUUUAAAUGAAAAGCUUGUUUAUAGUGGAACAAAAUCGUCUCCAGCGAUUCAGUACAACAGAGCAAAAGGUGGACUAGGUUCCACACGGGGAUUGAUGAAAAAAGCAGUUCAUGGUCCUACAGUGUUGAUGGUUAAAAAUAAUAGAAUAUCUGUUCCUGCAAACUACAGUGCUAAAUUUUUGGGAUUCAAAACGGUGGAUGGAAAACAACAUAUAGUAAUAAAAUUGCUACCUACAGAAAAACAGAAUUUGCCUGGAGGAAAUAAGUUUGAUGGGAUUAAAGAUGGUACAACUGAAUGCCAAGAAGAGACAGCUGACAACUGCAAUUUACCAUUAGUUGCUAGAUCUCAUGAAAUUAAUAAUCAAAUGCCUAGGAAUAAUUCUGUUCACUUGUCAACAUCUCCAUCGUCUAACCAGUUUUCAGGAAAAAUAAAGCAAGAAGGCAAUGUAUUAUGUUGCAAUGCAUCGCAGAAUAUUGUACCACCUAUUGUAAUGGUAGGAAAGUGUGCAAGCCGUUUGCCGGUGAAACCUGAAACAUCUUCAUUUCCUUGUGAUUUGGUGGUCAAGACUAGAAGUCCAGUUUCAUGGAAAAAUUGUAUACCUCAAGACCAUCUUCAGGUUUUAUCCCCUUCUGGUUCACGCAUGCUUCAUUAUGAUCCCAUGAAAAAACCUUUUCCUCCAGAAUUCAAAGUAGUCAAUGGUGAAGUAAACAACAACAAUAAUAAACACAAUAAUCUCUGUUGUUCAUCAACAGAUAUUUCCAAUCAGGCACCAUUGCCUUUCCAUAAUUAUUCUAAAAUAGGCAUUUUGGAAAAAUCAAAAGAACUUACUUACAACAAAAUGUAUCCUCUGCAAAGCAAGCCUACAAGUGAAUCUAUGCCUUGUUUUUCACAAUCAGCAACAGAAUUAAAUUUAGACAAAAAAUCACUGUUGCCUCUUUGUGGCUUUGUAAAUGGUAAUAAUACUCCAGUAUUCUCUGCCAGCCUACCCACUCACAGUAUUGACAAACAGUGUUGGUUAGAAAACCAUGAUGGACAAUUGUAUUUGAAUACUAAGGUAAAUCAAAUGUUGGAACAUGUAGCUGAAAAAUCCAAGCAAGAAAAUGAUUCCAAUUGUGUAAAUUCAUCACUUAUGCCUAAAAUAACAUCAGUUUUCUCCCUUCAAAGCAAGCAGGCAUCCACCUAUUUGUCACCUGAAAUAAACCAGUCAUUACAAGAGGUCUUAAAAAGACCAACCAUCGUUCAGUCAAAUAACUAUGUUAAAACCAAUUAUGACAGAUCUUUUUCAAACAAAUAUACAAAUUGUAGGACAUUUACACAUAAUGAUUUAUCACCUUAUUGCAAUUUAACUGAUUCCUCUGAUAAAUUUAAGAGAGAACUGAAUAUGAACAACGCUGCAAGAAAUGAAAGUGUAUACCUGAAGAACGGAGGACAAAUCCCUUUGCCUCUUAGAACAGAAGCAAUAAAUUCAGCAUCAGGGAAAACAAGUGUUGGUGCAUUGCUUAAGACUCAGACAGAUUCAAUCAUAACACAACAGUUGGCGAAAGACAAGAUGCGCUCUAAUAACCAUGGCCCUAGUAAAAUUUGUCCAUUUUUUCCUGAACAGAAAAAAACAGUACUACAGUCAACUCCAUCAAGAUUUUUUGUACCUUUGCAUCUUGCUCGCAAGCAAGGAUUACAAGUUAUUUCAGGAAGGCCUUCUCCAAAAGUGAGUUCAUCAGAUGCUCAGGCAACCAGAACUGCAUCUUUGCUUUUAAAUAAAAGACCUGGAAUGAUUUUGACCUUUGGUAGGGGUUCCCUUGGAACAGCUGCAAAUGCCGCUGAAAAUAAUUCUCAGGUUUUAGAGAAAAUUGCAUCUAAAAAGCCAGUAUCCUCACACAGGGACCUACAAACAAAUGAUUCUAGAAGCCUAAGAAAUUCUAGUAUUAAUACAUGUAGUGAGGCAGUAAAUGCUUCAUCCAUUGCCAUUCCACAAAUCGAUCAGCACAAUACAAAUCCAGAGAGCAGACUUUCUUCCGUGAAAAUACUAGCUGGAUUUCAAGGCAGUAAGGCUGCUUGUGCAAAGUCAGUGAAACAGCCAGAGGUGGGACAGGAACAACCUGUGUAUGCACUUUUGCCCAAUGGUAGACAAGCAGUUUUUCUUAAAUGUAUGUCAUCGAACAAGUCUCUUGUACAAAACCAUAGUGUUUUUCAAGGUCCUACUCAUAGUCAAAGUUCUGAACCAAAGAAACAUAGAGCAAUGCAACAAAAGCUUUUUUUGAAAAUUAAGACUUUUCCUGCUGCAGACAAAUGCCAACCAGUUAGCAACACUGUCUCAUCUUUGCAGUUGAACAGUAUGAAGUGUUGCAAUAGUCCUGCACUAAAUCAGAAAAAUAUAUCUCGCCCUUCUAGCAAUGCCUUAUACUUAUCAGGUAGUUUGAUGCCAGCAAAUGCUUGUUCAGCAAAUGGGAAAUCAAAAGAUUCUUGUUCCUCUGUAGAACUGGUACAUUCCUCUAGAGAUGGUAAGACGUGGUCACAAAAGACCCCACUUGAUUCAACUCAAAAAGAAACUGCUAACACAGGAAGCAGUUUGGAAAAUCAAAGAGCAACAGAGAAUAUGUCAACACAAAUUUCAAAGGUUAAGCAUCAUUCGAAGCAAAAUGAUGCUAAAGUUUCUAAUGCUACAGUAUCACAGAAGAAUAAGAAUUUGAAACGGAAAACUAAGGAUGACUUUCAGGGACCUCCUAGAAAGAAAACAUUGCAUCGAAAGUGCAAAGAAAAAAAUCAACUAGACGUGAAUGAAUUUGAAUCCUUGUUUCAAACCCCUUACAGACCAAGAGCAUCAAAAGAUACUAUAAGGAUUUUAAAUUUACUUCCUUUUCAUUCUAAACAACUUGUCAAAUGCCCCCGGAGAAAUCAGCCUGUCGUUGUACUAAACCACCCUGAUGCUGAUGUUCCUGAAGUUGUAAAUGUUAUGAAAACUAUUGCAAAGUUUAAAGGACAUGUUCUAAAGGUCUCUUUAUCAAAGAGAACAAUAGAUGCUCUUCUGGAGCCACCAUAUUAUAGCAACAGUUUGUACUUAAUUACUAAUGAACUGACUCAAAGAAAACACAAAAUGCUAAAACCUGUAAGUCCUGUAAAAGAAAGAUUUGUUUUAAAAUUAACACUGAAGAAGACUAGCAAAAAUAAUUAUCAGAUUGUGAAAACUACCUCUGAUAAUACGCUGAAAACUAAAUUUAGCUGCUGGUUUUGUGGGAGGAUAUUUGACAAUCAGGACAAUUGGGUAGGGCACGGACAGCGGCAUCUGAUGGAAGCCACUCGAGACUGGAAUUCAUUAGAAUAACUUAUUGAAGAAUACAAAAUCAUGUUCCUCCGAUUGAACUAUUUUGGCUGAUAGCAUCCAGGAACACAUUACAAUUAUGUUUUUUAAAUCAAGUUUCAUGUUAGCACCUAAAAUGAAUCUGUAUAAAUUUUAAUUGAAUAGUUGCUAUUGCAGUUUAAUUUGUGUUUGUUACUACUAUCAUGGCAUAUAUUUGUAAUUGGAGAAUGAAUUUCAGGGCUUUUCUGUCUUGUAUAUAUUUAAACAUGAAAGUGUGUACAUAUUUUUGUACUUUGGUUAUUUGCUACAAAAUCUUGCACAGGAAUUGUAUUUUCCAGCUCUGUGCAUGCACUACUAAAAGGGUUUUCAGCUAUCCACAGCUAUUGCCGUAUUUUUCCUUGAUCUUUUAAAGAUUUUUUUUUCCAGGGAUUGAUCACUGUUGUUAGCAAGUGCCUAAAAGAUGUGAAGCAGUUUACUUUGUGUCAACUGUAUAACCAUAGGUCUGUAUAGGGCCAGGUCUCCUAACAGUUUCUUUUAAAACAAAGCCAUAUGUGAAUGCUUUAAGCUAUAUUGCUAUGCACAUGACACUUGUACUAUUUCUGUGCAGUUUGUCUACUUUCUUAGUGAAGUAUUUUUCAUACAAAUCAAUAAACCUAUUACUGUGUUUAAGCCUGAUGAAGAUAACUGUUGGAAAAAUGUAUUCCCUGUUUGUAUAACAGUACUGAGAAUUCCAAGUGAACAUUUGUCAUCCCUACAACAUUGGUA